UAUUACAUUCCUCCCAUGAGAAAUGGAAAACAAUGCUUGUACAAAAUUUGGGAGGGGGGGGGGGCAAACAAGCUGGGAGAUGUGCAAGUGGCGAAUGCGUUGAGAUAGUCGAAUGCUAAUUUUAAAACGACGAAAAUACCUAUUAGCAUAAAAUAUUAUACAGAAAGAUUAUACUAACUUGCAAUUCAGUGAAACGUUCUCAAAAAUAUGAAGACAAAAUCAACCGAAGUUAUCGACAUCCUUAAGCUCUAAAAUCAAUAGAAGCCCGUUGGCCCAGAUGAACGCUCAUUUUGAAAAAGAGAUACGAAUUCAUUAACGACAAAAACAUCAAAGCAACUAUGCAACACGACUGCCAAGUAUAGACAAAAUCACAGAGAAAGCUAGACACUUACCAGUUUGCAAUCCUUUGAAGCAUUGACUGCCCAUCACAGUCACGUUGCAUAGGCGGAAGACUAAAUAUGGUCAACUCACCCCAAGCAACUUCUUUUCUCUUGUACGGUUUUUUAUACCGCCCGUAGAAAAUUUCGGCAGGAUAUAGCGGAAGGCAAAUAUUCUAACAAAACAAAUAAACUGUGAAAUUCUUUCACUUUCACGUGAAUUCUUCAUGAUUUUAUUAACAUAACUGUAAUCGCCGAUCUUUUGUAUUUUCGUUGUAGCCGCGCUGCUUUUAAGGCAAUUAACGCAUCAACAAAUAGGGGCAGAAAUGCAAUGCUCUGGGGACAUGAUGAUUUUGCCACAUAUAUUCAAACACUACCAGUUCGUCUUUUAUGACGUUAGAAAAUCCUAGCUUUGCGCGUCCGUUUUUAAACAUACCAUUGCUUCAAAACCUUCAAAUUAUCGACAGUUUUUAUUGUACCUUCUCCAAGAAGCUAGUAGAAUUAAAGGGGAAAAUUGUUGAAGCUGUUCUAAGCCUCUUACCCUUGCUUAUUUCAUCCUUUCUUUUUUUGAAGGAGCGUCUAUGGGCCUGUUUACAUGGGGGUGGGGAGCCCCAGAUAGAUGAGGUAACUUGUGGCUGGUCACCCCACUUAUCAUGUAAACGUGAUUCAAUUAAAAUGAGAGAUUAUAUGGACGGGCGGGUUACCCCACCAAAGCGGGUUACCUCACCUACCUGGGGUCUCCCACCUCUACGUAAAAAGGCCCUAUGUGUCCUUCUUCAGUUGAUAUCAUUGCGAUUGAUGAUAAUAAUGAUAGCAACCCGCGACAUCUUCCAAAUUUAGUCCGUGAUUGCUGCGUACAAGAACAAUUUGCCUGGGCAUUUAAGCCAAUCAGAAACGGAGAGAUAUUUUGAAAAAAUAAUAAAUCCUGGUGAAAGAUCUCAUGUUGGCUGACAACGGAUUACAUUGUUUUUGUUUUUCAGAUUAAAGAUGCGAUGAAAAUAGGCGUGGUUGGUGGAGGAGCAGUUGGCGUGGAGAUAGCGGGUGACAUUUUAGAAGACUAUAAGGACAAAGCGGAUGUUUAUUUGAUACACCCAAGAGAGACCUUGGUCAACAAUAAGGUCAACGAUUCUUUCCAGUCAGCAGUCAAAAACAAACUGACCAGCUUAGGGGUCAAUAUGGUACUCGGUAAGUAAUGUGGUGGUACGGCUACACCAGCUUAAGCAGAAAGUCGCAUCAGGAGUAGGGCAAUGUAUUCAGUAAAGGCCCAUCUUUCCCAGUCGGGUUGCCAAUCAGAACGCAGCAUUCGAUUCAUAUUACACGCGCCCGGAAGGAGCCAUUAUAUAGUAAUGAGCAAAUAUUGGAUUCGGCUUUUGUAUGAUCUGAAGAAUUACGAUCUGAAAGUUCAGGUGAUGACGGGAUACGUGUGAAAUGUACCGCAAUUUUGUGCUGCUCUUCCAAAACAAGCAACCUUGUUCCCAGGGCUUCUCGGUUGCCGUUCAUUUUUCUGGCAUUUAUGCUGUACUAUCGACGUUAUUUUCCACAUAUCGCGAACGUCUCUCAAAUUUGGUCAUCCCUAGCUAGUUAUAAAGAAUUAUAUAGCCGAGGGAUAUUAGUCAAUCAGAAACGAAAUAUAUUUUGAAAUGAAUGAUAAACCACGUUUUCAGCGGACUCAUUGUUUUCCUCGUUUGUUUGGAAGGUGAGCGAGUAAUAAACAUGAAGGAAGUAGAAGAACAGGGAUAUCGCAAUGUGACUCUCAUCACAGAUAAAGGAACCAAAAUGAAAGUAGACCUAGCCAUACCCUGUACUGGCCUCAAAACUCACAGUGUUGCUUACAAGGACAGUCUCGGUAGGUACAUUAGCUAGCAUGCGGAAGGAACCUCCCAAAAAUCAAGUCUCUGCGUAAUGACGCGUAUAUAUACUUUCGUGUAGGUUCCAUCGAAAGACACUCAGUAAAGGGCCAGUGUUCUCCGGCCCUUACUGUUCCUCAUACAUUAUGGUGCUGCUUGAGAGAAUUUGUUCAAACAUCAAGACAUUAACAACUUUGGUCAUCAUUUCAUUCAUUCUCAUGACCUGUCAGUUAUUGAUCAGGCAGUGGAGUUAUUGUGGGGAGAAAUUUGAUGCUAGUCACUACUGGUGCUCAGAGGGUUAAUAAACUCAUUUUGACUGCACAUUAUGAGAUACUACAAUUGGAGCCCUGUGUCAAUUGGUAGCAAGAGAGUCUCCUCAUACUUCUAAUUAAUGUUCAACUCCCCUCAGCAUUGUCUGUCUUCAUUUUUUUCUUUACUGAUUUUAUGAUCGUAUGUCCACUUUGGGCAACAGGAAAGUCAUUUAAGGAGUGAUUAACAUUUUUGACCGGCCCGGUGUUUAGCCUCUUAUCACGCAGGCGGAAAGGCGAAUGACGUUUCAAAUUAAGGCUACACUUGUUUGCCUUUCAUAGGAGAGAAGGAUAUACCACCUGUAGACAUGCCUUGGAGAAGCAUACUGAUAUUUAAGUAAAUAUUGUUCUGCUUUCAGGGGAUAAAAUGGACAAGGGAGGUCGUCUCACGGUUGAUGAAUUCCUCCAAGUAAAAGGCGUUCCAGACGUGUAUGCUGUCGGUGAUUGUAACGAUUUACCUGAAAUCAAGCUGGCAUAUGGCGCUGAAGUUCAAGGAAAAUACGUGGCUGAUUUGUUAAAGAAUAAACACGAGGGUCAAACAGCGAAACCUUAUAAUGUUAACAGUAAGUUAUUAUGCGCUAUUCAUUUUUCUGGGUAUUUAUCAGAAAAUGAUUAAAAACUGUAGUGGAAUACAAAUAAAUGAGUCAAGCGAGAGGAGAAUAAGUACAACUAAAUACGCCGGCGUGGAAGCAAUCGGAUAUUGCCUAUACUCCUAGGAAAACAUUUAGCUCGUUUCAUCUAGUGCUAAGAUGCGCAUUUACGGGCAAGUGCCCCAAGGGGCAUUUUACACUGGUGGUUACUGGGAUUCGGGCAUGUAUCCGUCAUAUACUUACCAACAGCCAGCGCAGGGGCCUAAGUAUGUCUAACAGGGGCUUAUGUAGUGCACAAGGACAGUGAAUUGAUCACAGAAUUUUAUAGCUUAGGUAUGGUGGUGCAGCUGAGGCCUUCAAUCCAUUUGACAAUGUGUCAGCAGGACUACUGAUUCAGUCAAUUCGUCCCUCCUUCAGUACUUUGUCAGGUUAAUUACCAUCGCAGGGUCUUGACCAAUCAGGUCAACAACAAGAGCUUAAUACCAUCAGAUGACAUGAUACAAGUCGAAACAUUAUCAACAAUGUCCUUGUCCCGUUCAGGACUACACUCAUCUUGUAAGUAUCAGUAAUGCCAGUUAUUGUUUCUUUUUUAACAAAUACUUUUUUCUUCGUGUUUCAGCCAGUGUUUUCAUGGUUCUGUGCUGUGGACGAACCGGUGGUGUCGCUCAAGUGUGGAGGGGAUGGGUCUUUGGAGACUGGUUCGCUGGAAGGAUUAAGGGCAAGAGCGUCUUUACCCCGAUGCAGUGGAAAAACAUGAAUCAAAAGAUGCCCGAAGAUUGAAGAUCACGGCAAACUAUUAAUUUCGCAAAGAUUCUAUAGUUGUUUCCCUCCUUCUCUCUUUAGGUCAAUAUUAUCAUUGCAGCUCAAGAACGCAUACCUUGGUCCAAGGGGUUUUUCUUGAAAUUUUUCUCUGCGUGAGAGAGAGCGAGCCGCGGAACUGCGAAAACGAGUCGCGAAGGGGCGUGGAGAGAGGGAAGGGUUUUUUUCUCUCUCUUCGUCACUUGCGGCUCACUCUCUCUAAAGCGGAGAAAAAUCUCAAGGAAAACCUCUGGGACAAGG